UGGUAUUGAAAUUGAAAAGGAUUGUUGCUUAAACUAGAACUAGGUUAUUAUUUAGCCCACGCCUAUUUUGGAAUUAUUUCAAUUAUUUCUUAAGUGAGUAUAAGCAGUAAAAAUAUUUAAAAAUGUCAGAAGAAACAUUUAUGUCAAUGAAUAAUCCGGCAAUCAAAAUUGAACCGCCAGAAUAUUCAGAAGAAGACAUUAAACACGAAAUUCAGGAUGAUAUUGAUGUUUCUGAUGAUACUGUUAAGUAUGAAGAUGUCAAACAGGAGUUAGCCGACACUAAACAUGAAAUUCAGAAUGAUAUUGAUGUUUCUGAUGAUAUUGUUAAAUCUGACUCGUGUUCUGAGGAUUAUGAUACCUGUUUAGAAAGAUUCAUGAACUCUGAAGUGACUAUCGAAGAAGGAGUGAAACAGGAGUUAGUCGAGCCAGCAGCUUAUGAAUGUGACAUUUGUGAUCAAUCAUUUGCAGAAUCUGAUCUAUUAAAAGAGCAUAUGGUCGAUCACAAGUCUGGUAAUAGCAAAGAACGCCCUUUAAAAUGCGAAAUCUGUCAUAAGACUAUAAAACGAAAAGGUUAUAUUAAAACUCACAUGCUUUUGCAUAGUGGCGAACGCCCCCAUGAAUGCCUUAUAUGCAACAAGACAUUCGCACAAUCAAGUAAUCUGAAUAAACACAUGCAAAUUCACAAAGGAAUACGCCCACAUCAAUGCAAUGUUUGUAAUAAGACAUUCACGGAGUCGAGAAGUCUCAAACGUCAUAUGCUUAUUCACAAAGGAAUACGCCCUCAUCGAUGCAAUGUUUGUAAUAAGACAUUCACGGAGUCAGGAGGUCUCAAACGUCACAUGCAAAUUCACAAAGGAAUACGCCCUCAUCGAUGCAAUGUUUGUAAUAAGACAUUCACGGAGUCAGGAGGUCUCAAACGUCACAUGCAAAUUCACAAAGAAAUACGCCCUCAUGGAUGCAAUGUUUGUAAUAAGACAUUCACACGAUUCGAUAAUCUGAAAACACACAUGCUGAUUCACGAAGGAAUACGCCCUCAUCGAUGCAAUGUUUGUAAUGAGACAUUCACGGAGUCAGGAAGUCUCAAACGUCACAUGCAAAUUCACAAAGAAAUACGCCCUCAUGGAUGCAAUGUUUGUAAUAAGACAUUCACACGAUUGGAUAAUCUGAAAACACACAUGCUGAUUCACAAAGGAAAACAUUGCAAUUUAUAGUCGAAAAUGUAAUAAUAAUCAAUGAAAUAUAAACAUUUCUUAAAUUGAAUUUAAAUAUUAGGAAAAAGGUUAUAAAAUAUUCUUCUCAAAUAUGUAAAAGAAUGU